UCUAUCAUCGACCAAAAAGCUCAUUGGAGAGGCUGAGGGGUGAUGGCGCAGACACGAAGGGAGGAAGCCAUGACUCAUGUCGAGGGGACGCUUACCUCGGCCAUGUUAGAAAAUACGGCCAAAAAGCUCAGAUCUGCCAUGGGAGAUGAAUCCACGAAGGGUCUGAACGUCGAGGGCUGCCUGGAGGAAAUGAUGAAGACGCUGGAGGACAUACAGGCGGUGAUGAGGGAUGCUGUGUUGCGGUCGGAGAAAGAGGAGUUGGUGCGCGGGUGGCUGAGGCAGGUCAGGACGAAAGCCUACGCCGUCCAAGACAUGGUCGACGAGUUGCAAGAGACGAGGACAGCAACGGCUGGAACGAUGACAAAGAUGCUUCACUGCCUUGGGAAAAAGGAUCAUCGCAUAUCGAACAAGAUGAAGGAGAUGAAACAUCAACUGGUGGACAUGCACAAGGAGUCGCAUGAUUUCGGAUUUACUCCAGCCGAUUCCGAUGCCAACAUCCAGCCAGUUAUUGAUGUGCCAGAAACAGCAGCUGAAGAUGAGUACCAGGAAAGUUUUGUAGAAAGGUAUGCUGAAGUAAAACACAUAGUCCAUUUGCUAGGUGAGAGAGACGUUGGGGAAGGACCCAUCAUUCUUGCUGUUGUUGGGAUUGGGGGCGUAGGCAAGACAGCGUUAGUGGAUCGGAUUUUCAACCACCCCAAAUUCCAUGAAGAAUAUCAUUCUCGGGCAUGGGUAAAUGUGCCAUAUAAAUAUGAUUUGGAUAGAAUUGGACAAUCUAUAAUUUCUCAGCUAUCAGGAGAAGCGGAGAGCCCAAUUGGGGACAUGGAGUACAUCAAGAAGCGCCUUCGAGAGCUGUUUAAUGGUAUGAAGAUACUCCUUAUUCUGGAUGAUCUGCGGGAGAAGGAUUCCAUUCAGUUGGAGUGCUUGAAGAGUAUGCUCAGUGUAGGAGACAAGGAUAGCAAGGUGACGGUGAUGGUAACCACCCGGAGCCGAGAAAUCGGGAUGAUCAUUGGCACCACUGACGAACCGUUCACACUAGGUACCUUUUCUCCUGAGAGUUGCAUGAAGUUGCUCAAGUUAAAGACUUAUUUCAGUCAAAGAACAGACUGGCAAAGGUUGAAUGCUAUACUACACACAAUUGCGUUCAACUGCCAGGGUCUACCAUUAGUAAUUUAUGCACUUGGGUGGAUCCUACGGUACAAAGACGCCAGAUUUUGGGAAGUAGCGGUCCGCUUUAUCAGGGACGAUUAUUCUGAUGAAGAUGAUAGUCCUUCAUUUAACUCCAUUCUUCCGAUCUUGCACUUAACCUACUUAACUAUGCCAGUCAAUAUGAGGUUAUGCUUUGCUUACUGUGGGAUAUUCCCCAUGGGUCACAGUAUUCUUAAGUAUGACCUGAUUCAUCAAUGGAUUGCACUCGGCCUUAUUGAGUCCACUCACAUAUCGUCUGCCACACAGCUUGCUGAGGAGUAUAUUAGUAGCCUCUUGAGCAUGUCAUUCCUUCAACCAAUGUAUUCAAACUACGGAGUUUACAGAGCUAGUGGAAAGGAUGCAAUCCUGUUCACUAUGAACGAUGUGUUUCAUGAAUUCGCAAGAGAAAUUAUGCAUAAUGAGGUGUUUGUUCUGGAUGUUGCAAGUGCAAGUGCAAGUGAACCGAAUGAAUAUUUUCGCUAUGCAUUGCUCACUAAUCAUGGCUACAAGCCAAGGACAUUGGCUUUAUUAUCCAGUAUACGGGCGCUGCAUUGUGAUCAAUCAUUUUCAUUUCCAAGGCACCUACGUGUCUUGCAGUUGAAGGAGAGCUCCCUUCAGAAGCUACCAGAUUCUUUGUGUCAAUUGCGGCACUUGGGGUAUCUGAAUUUAGCAGGUUGCUCUGGGCUAGAAACUCUACCAGAAUCACUUGGGGAUCUAACAAAUAUGUGCCAUAUCAAUUUAUCAGGCUGCACCGGACUAGUGAAUCUACCUCAGUCAUUUGGGGACUUGAUCAAUUUGCUACAUGUUGAUUUAUCACGCUGCUACGGACUAACAGAACUUCCGGUAUCAUUCGGCAAUCUAAAGAAGUUGGAGUAUUUGGACUUAUCAUUCUGGUCAUGCUUCAAAGGGAUUGUGGAAGUUCUUGGUGGCCUUAUUAAUGUCAAGAGAUUGAACUUGUCACAGCCUUGUUGUCAUCUUGCUGAUCACUGGCACCAUCUCUCGGGGCUAAAAGAUGUCUGGGGCAAACUCCCCGAACUCCGGUAUUUGAACUUAUCCAUGUUCUUCAAUCUUAUUUUUUACCAACUACCAGAAGAUGUAAAUCUCAACAAGUACGUUGAAUGUAUCAGUGGCCUUUCCAGUCUAGAGUAUUUGGACCUAUCUCAUAACAUAUUUCUCGUUGAUAUACCUGAAAGUCUAGCUAAGCUUAAUAAGCUACAUACACUGGAUCUCUCGGGCUGUGCAAGAUUGAAGAGAGUAGACAAAUGGAUGGCUGAUAUGGGCUCCCUGAAGUCGCUAAUUGUGAGGAACUGCCAGGGUCUUGAAAGUUAUCAGUUUGUGGUUCACACUGAUGAUCAUUUUCACACAGACUUUUUUCAGCUGAAUAAUGUAAGUUGCAAAGAGUUGGAGAUAAUCUGCCCUGAGAAAGUGAAGUAUCUAUGGGAAGCACAUGAUAUGAAACUGAUGAAGAAGCAAGAGCUCGAAAAGUUGAAGCUUUGUUGGACUAAGUGCUCCGAAGGAUCCGUGGAUGACACUGCUCUGUUAGGAGAACUAGUGCCACCACCUAAUCUGCAGUACCUUGAGCUACAUGGUUAUCAUGGAGAAACGUGCUUCCCAGCCUGGUGGACAUCCUCCAAACUCCCUAAUCUUGUAAAGGUUAUUAUGGAGGACCUUCCGAGGUGCUUGAGUCUGCCACCACUCCGUUUAUUACCCAGCCUGCAAGAGCUUGUUCUUAGAAAGAUGGCCAGCAUCACAAGAAUAGACGAUGCCGGCGACUUGAGUGGUGGCAACAGAGUGCCAUUCAAUAAGGUUGAACUAGAUGAUAUGGAUAGCCUGGAAAUGUUCAACACCACAUGGUACACCAAUGAAUUGGUGAUUCAGAAAUGCUCCAAAUUGGUACUUGGACCACUCCCGCCUAGAGCUCAGAGGUUGGUGAUAUCAGACUGCGACCAGGUGAUGUCUUCAUGGAGGAACCAAGGUAGCAGAUGAUGGGGUUAUGUACCUAGGGUAGGGUCAUGAACCUGUUCCAAGUAACUUACCCUAGGACAUCCCUAGAAGAGGUCGC